CCCUUGUGAAACAAUGAACUUUUACUUAUUUAAAAAGUACAUGAAAGACUUUUCUUGGCUUGAGGAAGAUUUAAAAUCUCCAAAAGGUUUAAAACAAUUAUUCAGGGCUUUUGAUGUCAACAGCUCCUGGCAUUUAACAUAUAAGGAUGUAGUCAUGGGCUUGGCUGCUUUGAAUCAGUGCACUCAGCAUGGCGGGUCACCUGCAGAGAUUCGAUGUCGUUACAUUUUUCGCUUUUACGAUAGUAAUGGAGAUGGCUUCCUUGAAAGUUGUGAAUUUAGAUCUAUGAUUGCAGAUAUUAAUCGUCUUAAAGGAACUAUAUUGAAUGAAGAAGCUCUAGAUAAUGCUGUAAAAGUUCAUUCCAAGACUUUCCAACUUCAAGGACAAAUGCGACUAUCUUUGAAUAAUUUCCUCCAGACUGUCGGGCAGUUGAAGUUCCGUGGUACAUCUAGCUUAUUCAGAGCAACAGAACCAAUCAUCUAUUCAAUCCUUCAUAGAAGAGGUUUUACUGAACAUCCAAGGGAAAGAUGUAUCAGCAAAUCAUCAACUCGUAAAAGGCAACGAGAAAGCUCAAUAGAAAAGAACUCCAAUGAUAAAAAUGGUACUGUGUCAGAGAAAAAGUAUGAUCUAGCAACUCAUUCUGUUAAAGUCAAGCGUUCAGGAACAUUAGUUGAUGUAAAUUCUUUGUGGGACAUGGAAGGAACAAUGGCUUGUAGUAAUGAUGUGAAAUUUCCUUCAAAAAUGAGAGUUGAAAGAAUUUUAUCUGUGGAUUCAUUUAACUUGCAAUCACAAGCGAAUGAAAUGCUUCAAGGGCUGUCUUACUUUGAACAUUGCAUAAAACGAGAAGCAAGUGUUGGUCGAACUCCAAAAGAAGCAUUCAGUUGGGGUGCUACUGAUAGAGAUGCAUUGGCAAGAUGCUUGCUAAACGUUUGUCGAACAGCUUAUGAAAUACUGAACAGAGAGCAAAGGCUAAUUAAUAUAAAUUCGCCUGCAUAUGUUUUGGGUGAUAUUCAUGGAAAUUUUUCUGAUCUUGUGUGUUUUGAGAAAACUUUGUGGCGCAUGGGACCUCUUUUAACUCCUGCAAGUUUUCUUUUUCUUGGUGAUUAUGUUGAUCGAGGCCAACAUGGCAUUGAAGUUAUUGCAUAUCUUUUCUCUCAGAAAAUUUUAGCACCUGAAAAAUUCUUUCUGCUGCGUGGUAAUCAUGAAGUUAGACCUGUUCAGCAAAUGUUCACAUUUUACAUUGAAUGUAUAAACAAAUUUGGUGAAAGAUAUGGACAAGAAGUAUGGAAUGCAGUGAAUGAAUGCUUUGACGUCAUGCCACUAGCAGCUGUUGUUGAUGGGAAGAUAUUUUGUACUCAUGGAGGUAUUCCACCACCAUGGUAUUUGCAAUCUGAAGGUCUAAAUGCAAUCAAUUCAGUACCCAAGCCAUUGCCAGACCCUGAAAGAGACAGUGCUUUAGCCUGGGAGCUCAUGUGGAAUGACCCUAUCAAUCAAGAAAACAUCACAACUGAAAUUCAAGAAGGAUUAAAAGCUCACAUGGGAUUUCUGCCGAAUUCAAAAAGGGGUACUGCUCAUGUUUUUUCUGUCGAUGCUUUGGAAAAUUUCUUGGUAACUCAUAACCUAUCUCAUGUUAUACGUGCUCAUGAAGUUCAACAAGCAGGUUUUAAAGUUCAGCUGAAUGGCAAAUUGCUGACUGUAUUUUCAUCCUCAAAAUAUUGUGGUGGCUCUAAUGAAGCUGCCUGUGUUUUGGCAGAUCGUUCUAAAUUACGAACUAUCCGUCUUGAUACAUCAUAAACUUUGUAUAUCUCUUUGUAACAUGGAACAUCAGUUAAUGAUAUUAUAUGCUGUGAAUCUUAAUGAGCUUAUUUUUAUGUGAAAAAUGUUUUGAAAUGCCAUUGAAAGUAUUUUUAUGCUUGUGUAAAUAUUCAUGUUUUUAC